AUGCUCGAAACGAACGGGAAAACCGAAGACGAGAGAAAGAAGAAGAAGAAGAAGAAGAAGAAGAAGAGUUUUGAACAACUCUUAUUCGAGGAUUGUCCGAACGGAUGCGGUGAAGAAAAAGAAGACGAAGAUCAGAACAACAGGUAUUGCUCAGACGGAGACGAGAUGGACGCGAACGCGAUCGAGCGGCUUUUCAGAGCGUGCGAGAGAGUGUGUUCUUCGUCCACGUCUGCUAACGUGACGACAGCCUCGACGACGACUUCUUUCGCGGCGAGAAGACAAACGCAGCGCGAACGAACGAGGGAGAUUUACGAACGGUUAAAACCGCACUUGGAACGCGUGACGGCCAGAGAAGUUGGGCUGCUGAGGUGGAGAGAAGAUUUCGUCGAGACGGAGGAGGAAGAGGAUACGACGAGCGGUGACGAUACGGAAGAGGAAGAAGAGUUUGCGCGGGACCCGCUGAAAUCGCUCUUCGCGAGCAUGUUUAAGAGGGCGAAGAAGAAGAAGAUGAAGAUGAAGAAAUCCUCGUCCGUUUCCGCUCAGGCUUUUAACUUUCUACUAGGAGGGAGCAAAGAGGGAGGGAAGCCGCCCGCAGUGUACAGUCAGAGGAUUUACGGCGGCGAAGACUUUCAGAUAUGCACGUUUAUCAUUCCCAAAGGCAUGGAAAUCCCUUUGCACAAUCACCCGGAAAUGACGGUGUUGUCGAAAUGUUUAUACGGCUCGGCGAGGGUGCAAAAGUAUAAAUGGGCGGAUGGUAAGUACGAAGAUACGACAGCGUGUAAACCGAGAGGGUGUCAUUUGGUGUCGGAUGAUGUGAUAGUUGCAUCGGGCGGUGGGAUUCAGGUAUGUUCACCGGAAGAGAACAUACACAGGAUAGUCGCGAUUACGGACGUGGCGAUAUUGGACGUGUUCGUGCCGCCUUACGACGUGAAUGGCGAUAGAGAUUGCACGUAUUACGAUUUGGACGGAACAGAGAACGAAGAAGCUGAAACUGAAACUGAAACUGAGGAGGAGCUAGAAAUAACAGAAAUAACACCGGAGAGUUUGUUCAUGCUCGUAGAAAUUGAGAAUUCGCCGUUUGAAUGCUUGGCGAUGGAGUACAGAGGACUUAAAAUCUCCUCCGUGAAUAAGUAG